CCAAUAGAAUUGCCUUACAAGCGCGUUCCGUUUCGCAAUAAUUUGAAAUUUACAUUUUUCGCAGACGCUUAAAAGAAAAUAAAACUCUAGGCUGAGGAUUUCUCAUAACUACAUACACAAAUAGCGCCGAGCAGAACCCACAGCACAGGAUGAAAUUAGAAAUACCAAACGAGCCACCACAAUAUCUCAAUGAGCAAUUUUUCAAGGCAGCCUUAGAGGAUGGGCUGCGUGACAUGCGUAUCGAUAUAAAGAAAAUCAUAUUCGCCGAAUCGAAUGGCGGUGGCGGUGAGAACUAUUGCAGUAAAAUAUAUCGUGCCAGGGCUUUGUACAGGAGUAGCAAACGUCAGUUGGAUGAAGAGUUAGCGUUGAUCGUGAAAAGUAUAGCCAUAACACCGGCUACACAGUUCCUGGAAGAAUUGGCUGUUUAUUUACGAGAGAAGAUUUUCUAUUUCGAUGUACUUGGACGGCUGGAAGUGCUGAUAGGCGAUGGGUCUAAAUUCGGGCCUAAAUGCUUCUACACAACACGGGAACCAAUACAGACCAUUGUUUUCGAUGACCUCACCCAAUAUGGAUAUAAAUUGGCCAGUCGGCAAAAUGGCCUUGACGAGGUACACUGUAUAGUUAUAUUAAAAAAGUUGGGCAAAUUUCAUGCGACCUCCAUGGUGUUGGUGGAAAAGGAUCCCUCGGUUCGCGAACACUUCACCACAGGCAUGCUGGAUGAGCAUUAUAUACGCACCAACCAGCGUUUCAUUGAUUUCAUGACCCUACAACUACGCACACUCGCCGAUGUAGUGGCUAAGUGGCCUGGAUAUGAGUCUAUUGCUGUUAAAUUGCAUCGCCACUGCGAUGAUAUCAAAGACAACCUCGUGGCGACAGGACAACGGAAUCCUGGCGAGCUGACUGUGUUAAAUCAUGGUGAUUUGUGGGUGAACAACUUUAUGUACAAAUAUGAUGCGGAGGAUCCGACAAAGCCGAUUGAUGCAAUAUUCCUCGACUUUCAGAACAGCUUUUACGGUAGUCCCGGCUGCGACAUCAACUUCUUUCUGAACAGCAGCGUACAGCUGGAUGUACUCGUGAAUCGUCGUGACUUCCUCGUGCGCACCUACUACCAGGCUCUGCGUGAUUCACUCGAACACAUGCACUAUGAUCACAUUCCCACUCUGCAUGAGCUCGAAGCAGAGAUACGCGCACGUGAAUUGUAUGGCUUCUUUUCUUCGUAUGCUUUCCUGCCAAUGGUGGCGAUGCGGAAGGAGGACUCUUGCGACAACAGUAUAGAGGCGAUGACCGAUCAGGAUUUCGCUCGUAAGAAAGUACAAUUGAUGUUCUCCUCGAAUCCUCGCACCACUGAAACGUUACGAUAUGCUCUUAAACGUUUCGAUGAGCUGGGCAUUUUCGAUUGAAGAGCAACUAGG